AUGGAGAACUAUUUGCCCAUCAACGCCCUUAGCGCUGUCAUCCUCGUAUCUGGCAAAAUACAUCCCGAAGAGGAAGAAUGGAAUGGACCUGACGUUCCUCUUGUACUGUACCGCCAAGCUCCCCCUCCUGCAGACAUACUUGACGAUGCAUAUUCCAAGGGGAGCUAUCAUGAUUUCUCCGACACAUAUCCACCCUGUCCCAAUCCGCCUUUCGAAAUCCCGCCACCUGCAGGCCUAACGCUUCAUGUAUCUCUUGGGAAACUCGUAUCUGAAGGUCGUACAGGAAUGAUCUAUGAGUGUGAAUGUACCAUUCCUCAUGGUAAUGAAGUGGGAUAUAAGAUUCCACCCGUAGUGAUCAAGAUCGCAAGGCAGUUUCGUACCAAAGACAUAUCGAGGGAGGCAACAGUGUAUGACUGCCUGACAAGUAUACAGGGCUCCGUGGUUCCACGAUGCUAUGGCUUCUUCCAGGCUCGUCUCAUCGAUUACUUUGAUUUCGGUCCGGUGUCUCUUCUCAUUUUGGAACAACUGGGGGAUUUAUUCAAACUCGGAGAACCCCUCCCAGAUGGUGCAAAGUCUGACAUGGAAGAUGCUUGCUCGGAUCUAGCACAGUUACGCAUCCUGCAUUGUGAUCUGCGUUGGGCAAACAUGCUUUCUGUUUUGCCUGGUGGCCUCCCAAGUCUGGCAUCACCAUUCACUGGGAAGAUCUACGGCUGGAGGCUUGUAGACUUCGAUCGCGCUGAACGGACUACUCAAGCAUUACCUGCCACUCAAAGGUAUUAUAAUAGUUACCUGAAGCGGGUGCUAAAAAGUAUUCCAUGGGGUGACCCUAUUGAGCCAUGGGACUGA